AUGAAACUUCUACUUUUACAUUUGUUUGAUCUUCUCAAAAGUCUCUUUAUUUUAUUCUUUAUACUAAUUUCCAUAUGUCCAAUUUAUGGUAAUGUUGAGAUAAAUGUUGAAGUUGAUCAAUUAAGAAUAGGAGAUGCAAAUGUUUGCCCAUUUGAGGAGACGGAAAUUGUUACUGUUAAAGAACCUUGUGUUAAAACAUAUACAAAAUAUAUAAGAAAAAGAAAACCAAACUGUAAUGGUCCAAAAGUUAGUUGUAUAAUUAGAGAACCAAAAACUGUUUAUUAUCAAACUUUUAAAAAAGUCAAUCGUACAAGAAGGCAUACGGUAGUUAAAUGUUGUGAUGGAAUGAUACAAAAACCUGGUUUUCCGGGGUGUGUAAAAGCUGAGUGUUCUUCUGACUUGUGCCAUAAUGGUGGAACUUGCCUCAAAAAUAUUGGUAUUGAUGGUAAAAUUUGUGAGUGUAUGGAGGGAUUUACAGGAGUUUAUUGUCAAUAUGAUGUUAAUGAAUGUUUAGCAGAGGGAAGAUUUUGUCAACAUGAGUGUGUCAAUACAAUUGGUGGAUUUUACUGUAGAUGUCAUUAUGGUUAUCAAUUAUCAACAGAUAACAAAACAUGUAUAGAUAUAAAUGAAUGUGAAAUAGAAAAUGGUGGUUGUGAGGGUCGUUGUAUUAAUUUAAAAGGAAAUUAUCGUUGUGAAUGCCCAGGAGAUAAAAAAUUAGCUGGUGAUGGUAGGAGAUGUGUUGAUAAUAACAGCUGUUCUAUUGAUAAUGGUGGAUGUAGUCAAAUUUGUGAAGAAAAAGAUAACCAAUUUUAUAGGUGCCGUUGUAGACAAGGAUAUGAACUUAGUGAAGAUAAAAGGCAUUGUCAUCCAAUAGAUCCAUGUAAAUAUAAUAAAAGUGGUUGUCAACAUCAUUGUGUUAAUCAUAAUGGUCAAGCAAGGUGUCAAUGUUAUCCUGGAUUUAGAUUAGAUAAAGAUUUAAAAUCAUGUAUAGAUAUUGAUGAAUGUUCUGAUUUUAAAAAUGGAGGUUGUGAACAGAUAUGUGUUAACGUUUAUGGAACUUAUACAUGUAAAUGUCAUAAAGGUUAUAAAUUAAUGGAUGAUGGAAGGUCAUGUCAGGUAAAAGAAAGUGGUUGCCUUAUUGGAAAUGGUGGUUGUCAACAUGAAUGUUAUGAUCAAAUGGAUGGAGAAAUUAUAUGUGGUUGUAGAGAUGGAUAUGAACUUCAAAAGGAUGGUAAAAGUUGUAAAGGUAAUUCUUCCUAUUCUAAUUCCUAUUUAUAUGAUUAUGCUUUUGUAACUAAUGCUUCUCCUUUUUUAACUAAUUGUUAUGAGCCUAAACUUGAAAAUGAUGUUGAAGGUUGUCAUAAAUUGUGCAUGAAUCCUGUAACAAAAGAAGUUGUCUGCAAGUGUAGACAUGGAUUUCAAACUAAUCAAAGAAAUCGCCAUGUUUGUGAGGAUAUUAACGAAUGUUCAAAAGAUAAUGGUGGUUGUGAUCAAAUAUGUAAAAAUACAAUGGGAUCUUUUAUAUGUGAGUGUAAUGAAGGUUAUCAACUUGACAAAGACUCUAAAAAUUGUUAUGAUAUUAAUGAGUGUCUAAUUGAUAAUGGUAAUUGUUCUCAAAUAUGUAAAAAUACUGAGGGAGGAUAUUUUUGUGAUUGUAUUGGAGGUUAUACUCUUGGAGAGGAUGGUAAAACAUGUUUCGAUAAUUUAUUAUUGCCAUUACGUACCAAUGUUCCUGAAUAUUAUGAUGAUGAUGGAAAUUUUUACCAGUUAAUUGAUAAAAAUAAUAAAUAUAUUGAUGGGGUUAGAAAUUAUGAAAUUUAUCCUAUGAAAAUGGGAAAAUUAAGAAGUUUGCAUGGUAAAGUAACUACUAAAGCAUUCAAAAAAGGACAUUUUGGACCAGAUAAUCAAUUUACAUGUAAUGAUUGUCAAAAUGGUGCUCCAUGUAGAAGUGAUUUACCCAAUCCUUCAUGUGAAUGUUUACCUGGUUUUGAAGAUAUUUUAUGUAAUGCUACCUGUGCAGCUGGUACAUAUGGUCUUGGUUGUGCUUUUUCAUGUGAUUGUGGUGGUGGUCCAUGCCAUCAUAUAACAGGAGAAUGUGAAUAUAUUAAUGAUGAUUGUAAAGAUGGUUUCUAUGGACCACAAUGUAAUUUGACAUGUCGUAUGACAUGCCCAAAUAAUAAAUGUGAUAAAGUAUUUGGAGAUUGUAUUUGUCCAGCAGGUUACUAUUCUGAAAAAUGUGAUAAACCUUGUACUUCAUUUACUUAUGGAAAAAAUUGUCGUCAUACCUGUAAAUGUUCUAAAAUAGGAACAGAAAUUUAUGAUAUUCGUAAUGGAAAAUGUAAAUGUAAGAUGGGAUAUUAUGGAAAAUAUUGUGAAAAUGAAUGUCCUAUUGGAAGUUAUGGACAUGGAUGUUCAGAUAAAUGUAACUGUAAACAUGGUUGCGAUAAAGAAACAGGAAAAUGUUUAAAAAAAUGUCCUCCAGGAAAACAUGGAGCAAAUUGUGAUGAAUCAUGUCCUAAAGGAAUGUUUGGAUUAAAUUGUAGUAAUAAGUGUAGUUGUAAAAAUGGAGCACUUUGUAACCCAGUUGAUGGCUCAUGUGAUUGCCAACCAGGAUUCUAUUCUGCUUCAUGUUCAGAAACUUGUCCUAUUUCACGUUGGGGUAAAGAUUGCAUGAAUAUUUGUAAUUGUCAAAAUGGUGGAAAAUGUGAUCCUGCUACUGGUGAAUGUACUUGUCCAUCUGGAUAUACUGGAGAAACAUGUUCAGUACCAUGUCCUAGAGGAUAUUAUGGAGAAGGUUGCCUACAAGAAUGUAAUUGUGGAAUAAAAAAAAGUUUUUUUAGUUCACUUUUUGGAUCAUUUGAUAAUGAUUGUGAUAUCUAUGAUGGGUCAUGUAUUUGUGCACCAGGAUUUAAAAGUAAAAAAGGUUGUGAUGAGGUAUGUGAUGAAGGAACAUUUGGAGCAGGAUGUAAAGGAAUCUGUAACUGUAAUAAUAAUGGUAAAUGUAAUCCAAAAACUGGAGCAUGUGAAUGUAAUCCAGGAUGGAGGGGAAAAAAUUGUAACAAACCUUGUAUUGAUGGAUUUUUUGGAAUUAAAUGUCAAGAACGUUGUAAUUGUGGAAGUGAUGAAGAUUUUGAUUCAGAUAUUGUAAUGCUUUCUAAAUGUAAUCAUGUAACAGGACAAUGCCAAUGUCCACCUGGAUUUUUAUUACCUGAUUGUAGAACUCCUUGUCCUCCAAAUAGAUGGGGAAGUGGUUGUAAAGAAAAAUGCCAAUGUGUUAAUGGUGAUUGUGAUAGGAUUACGGGUGCUUGUACUUGUUUUUCUGGAUUUAUGGGAAAAUAUUGUGAUAAGAAAUGUCCAUCAUUAAUGUAUGGACCAAAUUGUCAGAAUCAUUGUCUUUGUCUUAAUAAUUCUACAUGUAACAGUGUAACUGGUGAAUGUGAAUGCAGUGAAGGAACAACUGGAAAUUCUUGUGAAUUCAGUUGUCCAUUUGGAACGUAUUCAAAAAAUUGUGAAAAAUCUUGUGAUUGUAUGAAUGGUGCUUCAUGUGACCCCAAGACUGGAGAAUGUUUAUGUUUAGAUGGUUGGACAGGAGAACGUUGUGAUAGUGUAUGUGGUAAAAAUACAUUUGGAAAAAAUUGUUCACAAGCUUGUACAUGUGUUCAUGGAGAUUGUGAUCCAAUUUCUGGACACUGUACUUGUAAACCUGGAUGGAGGGGAAAAAAUUGUAAUAAACCAUGUUUAAAUGGUUAUUAUGGAAAACAUUGUUCACAACCUUGUAGAUGUCCAGGACAGAAUUCUUGUGAUCAUAUAACAGGAAGUUGUAAUUCAUGCUCUAAAGGAUAUACUGGUGAGAGUUGUAGUCAACUUUGUAAACCCAAUUAUUAUGGACAAAAUUGUUCUACAAAAUGUGAAUGUGGUCCAAAUGCUGAAUGCGAUAGAAUAACAGGAGCAUGUUAUUGUAGAGCUGGAUUUAUGGGAACAAAUUGUACACAAGGUUGUGUUCCACAAAUUAAUUUUGGAGCCGAUUGUCAAGGUUUAUGUCAAUGUGAAAAUCAAGGUCUUUGUAAUCCUAUUGAUGGAUCAUGUACUUGCUUACCAGGUUUUUAUGGAGCAAGAUGUGAAUUAAAAUGUCCUGAUAACAGAUGGGGAGAAGAAUGUAAUAAUAUCUGUGAUUGUGAAAAUGGAACUUGUAAUAAAAUAACUGGAAAUUGCCAAUGUGAACCUGGUUUUCAUGGUGUUCGUUGUGACAUUCCUUGUACUGACAAUAAAUAUGGUAUUGGAUGUAAAGAAGAAUGUCAAUGUCAAAACCAUGGAAAAUGCAACAGAGAAACAGGAAAUUGUAAAUGUUUACCAGGGUUUUAUGGAAAAUAUUGUCAAGAAGUUUGCCCAAAAGGAAAAUAUGGCAUUGAUUGCAGUUUUGAUUGCGAAUGUCAUGGUGCAGAUAACACUUGUGAUGCUGUAUCUGGAUGUUGCAUGUGUUCAAAUGGAAGAUAUGGUAACCGUUGUCAAUUUACUUGUCCUGAAGGAAUGUUUGGUUGGCAAUGUAGUCAAUUUUGUGAUUGUAAAAUGGGUCAAUGUGAUCCAAUAAAUGGGCAAUGUCAUUGUGAUAUUGGAUGGAAAGGAGAAAAUUGUGAUAAAAAAUGUGAGAAUAAUACUUAUGGUCCAAAUUGUAGGUUAUCUUGUGAUUGUGGAGAUUUCGGUUGUAAUCAUAUUACUGGAGAAUGUCAAUGUCCUCCUGGAAAAACAGGAAAGCAAUGUACUGAAGAGUGUGAACAUGGUACAUAUGGUGAAAAUUGUAAGAAUCAUUGCAAAUGUUUUAAUGGUGCUAAAUGUAACAAUAAAACUGGAAAAUGUAUUUGUGCUAUUGGUUUCCUAGGCCCUACAUGCCAAGAUGAAUACAUUGAUCCAGAAAGUGUAGCUAGUAGAGGAGAUUUGCCAGAAAGAUUAUAA